ACACGGUGGGUCCUGCUUAAACUAUCCAUUAAAAAUAAGGUAAGCCCUUUGGUAUGAUGCAAAUUGUUAGUAAAGUCUUGCUCGAAUGAUACGAGGUCGCCCAACGUAAACAAAAUGGCAAUCGGAGCCGGGGAUUCUCCACCGUCGGAUAUUAGAUCUACCAAGAAGGGACGGUGGAUACUUCAAGUUCGAAACCAUCGUCGGCGUCUCAAACUCCCCCAUUAAAGCCGUCGACAAAGACGGAGAAGAUCAAUUGCACGCCUCCAACUGUGCUUUCUACUGCCACCGCCUCUCCGCCUUCAGCGACCCGCUCCGCGUCGUCCUCCUCUUCCUGCAGCGAUGGGUUCUAGGGGAGGCAACAAGAAGCCGUUAGGGAACCGGCCGACCAUCCGGACCCUCGCGGAUCUGAAUCGGAGCUCCGACCACGGCUCCGAUAGCGACUCCGACGGGCCUCAGGAGUACUACACUGGCGGCGAGAAGAGAUGUGGAUUUACUGUUAAUGAUGGUCCAUUGAGGAGGUUUGAUGAUCCUGAAAAUGCAGCCUUCUUAGAGAGCAUUAUGAAGUCUGAAUGCCCAAAAGAGCUCGAGCCAGCAGAUAGGAGGUCCGUGGUACAUGUCAAUCUCGUAAGGAGGGCAGAAAAUUGUCCUGAACCUGCGAGACGCCUUGCUCCAUUUCAGGGCGCAGGUAGGACGCUAGGAAGUGGAUCCUCAAACAGUUCUGGCAGUGAGCUUGCUGACACUGCCACAGCAUCCAGUAGUACUCCCUCAUCGUCCACAGGCCUGGCCGUUGACGAAUCUAAGCCAUCUACUACCAUGCAGCUGAGGUUGGCGGACGGGACCAGGAUGAUUGCGCGUUUCAACACCCAACACACCGUAGCAAAUAUACGGUCUUUCAUCGAUGCAUCAAGGCCCGGGGCACCAAGUUCUUACCAGCUACAAACGGUUGGUUUUCCACCCAAGCAGCUCAAUGAUCCGAGCAAGACGAUCGAGGAAGCCGGCCUUGCUAAUUCAGUUGUCAUUCAGAAACUAUAACUCGAUGCAUAGCAGCAAUGUCAGUUCCUACCAUUUAAAGACAAUUGCAGUUGCUAAAACUCGAUGAUUAUCUGCACCACUAUGACAUGCUUGUAAAAAUCUUGGACCCAAAGAUUAGGGCUAGACUGCUUUAAAUUUUAUUUGCCUUCCAUGACAUGAUGAACAUACAAACCACUGAAGUAAGAAGCUUUGUUUAUCUAAAAGAAAUGUCUGCAUAUGCCAAGUACUUUU